AAGAUUGCAGCGACUAUACAUGUAUAGGAAAAUAGCAGAGCACAUGACAGGGCAUUUGAAAUGCCGUGAGGAUGUGGAUGAAGUUAUUCAUCUUGCGAAUAGUGAGGCAUGGAAACACUUUGAUGGUACCCACCCAACAUUUGUUGAGAAACCUAGAAAUGUUAGACUUGGCCUCUGCACAAAUGGUUUCAAUCCAUUUGGUUGCUUUGCAACACCUUACUCUUGGUGGCCUGUCUUUCCUAUAAUGUACAACUUUCCUCCUAAAUUGUGUGUGAAGUCAGAACAUACAUUUCUUGCCAUGAUAAUUGAUGAACCUAAAAGUCUAGGAAAAAACAUUGAUGUCAUGCUUAGGCCAUUAAUUGAUGAACUUAAGGAAUUGUGGACAAAUGGGAUUGAAACUUAUGAUAAUGGAGCACACAUGGGAAGUUGUCAUGCCCUUAUUGAAUGGAGAACACUGAGAGCUUUAACUACUCCGAUUAUUCAAGUCAGUAACAUGAAGAUGUGGGAGGAAAAAAUUGUCGAGACCAUUUGCAAGUUAGAGAAAGUAUUCCUGUCAGCAUUCUUUGACUCGAUGGAGCAUUUGGCUAUCCAUCUACCAUAUGAGGCAAAAGUUGGAGGACCUGUCCAAUUUCGUUGGAUGUAUCCUUUUGAAAGAAAAGGGUGGUUUGCUGCAUGUAAGAUUAGAGCAAGAGCAAUAAUUGACACUUCAUCGUUGAGUGAUGGUGGAAAUGUUUAUUAUCAAGAUGAUGAUCCUCCUAUGCCACAAUUGGUGCAACCCUAUCAUGUUUCACUAGCAUCUCAAGGAGGAGAACAAGUGGUGAUUAGUGAGGUCAUGCAAUUGCCAUAUGUGUUUGACUCAGCUGCAGUAGGAGCAACCCACUAUUACCAGCCACCAUUGGACGAUGAUCAGUAUCCUGGUGAUGAUGCAAUAAUAGAGGAGGACAUUGAAGAGCGUAAUUUGGAGGCUGAGUUGGAUGCUGAGUUUGUUGUGCUUGAUCCUGAGUUAGAUGCUCAACUGGAGGAGGAGCUAUCAUGUGCUGUCCUAAAGACAAGAGGUGGCAUGGAUAAAGGAGAUGGCGCUCUUGCAGACCCGAGUCAAAGGAAGUUACUUAGCCUUAAUUGCCAAGGCACAUUCAGCCAUGAGAGGUUUGGGAGGAUUGCCACAGUAAUAUGGAAGUACUUGUAUGAUGAGCUAGUGCUUUUUGGUCUAGCUGGCCUGAGGAAAAGAAAAGGGUUGCUUGGGAGAGUUUUCAGAUUACAUUGUCAGAAUCGUUUCCGAGACGAGCUUCAUCGAGCUCGAAAGGCGUGGGUCAAGUGCAAAAAGUUGCCCAAGUUCAUGCAUAAGGAUACCUUUAAAAUUUUGUUGGCAAAAUGGGGGAGUCCAAAAUAUAUUGCACUCCAAGAAAGAGACUGGGAUACACUUUUCUGGAAGGAGGUGGUUGGACCUCGUAAAAAGGGUCAGAUGAGAGGGAUGUCUACAUUACAGGAUCCAGCAGAGCAUGGCACUCCUUGGCGACGGUAUGACAUGAGUGAGGCCUUCUCUUCUACCACCAAGAUUCUUACGACAUAAGUCCAGCAGUUGCAGUCUGAGCUUCUUAAGUUCGGGAAGAAAUGGCUGAGCGAGUUCAGAUAGAGGUGGCCGCACGUAUUCAUACAGAGGUAUCACAGAGAGUAUCAAAGAUGGAGGCCAGCUUUGAGAGGAGAUUCCAAGAGCACAUGUGCUUACUUAGCCAGCAAUAUUCUAUGAAUGCUACACAACCCUAGACUGGUUGUCCUUCUUCUGCACCACCCCAGACUGUUGGUCCUUCUUUUAGAGGGUUUAGACCUGCUCA